AUGGAAAUUGGUUCUUCUUCAAAACAGCCAACAGAUAUUGGUUCUUCAAGAAGUUCAGAUGCCGAAAUUGGUUCUUUUUCAAAUCGACCAAGACCUGGACAAACCAUCACUGAUCCAUACACCAAAGAUACUUAUCUUCUCAUCUUGAAAAUUGGGUCUUUUUCUAAUGGAAGAUGCCCUGUUUACAAAGCUCUGUUUUCCAGAAAUACAUAUCGCUCUGGCGGACCCGUUCCUCGUGGCUAUGUCACUUUGAAGAUCAUCGACAUGAAACUCCAUCAGAAUGAAUUCAAAUUAAUUCAACAUCAACUUCAAACACACCUUUUUCAACCUCAGAGUCCCAACAUAAUUCGAAGCAAGAAAACUUUCUUUGCUUCGAAUUUGUUAUGUGUUUCUUUGCCGUAUAUGUCUGAGGGAUCGCUUCGUUCUAUUCUCUCCACUCGUCCUGAAAAGAAAUUGCCAGAGAAUUUCAUUCCUGUUGUUCUUAGAGAAGUACUUAUUGGUCUACGAGAUGAAGUUCAUGUUUUCUGCCGUCCAACGCUUCAUAAGAGUUUGAAUGCCGGAGAUAUCUUUGUUAACAUCCACGAUGAUACUAAUGAAAUGUCGAUCAAGUUAGCAUUUGAAGUAUCCAUUUAUGACUCCGGACCCCCAUUUGAAGAAGGUAGUUUGUUUUUGAAUCCGAAGAAUAUUUCUAUAUGGGGUGCUGCACCAGAGGUGUUUGAGAGUGAAAAUGAGGAUAACAUAGGAGAAAAAUCUGAUAUGUGGCUAUUGGGAAUAACAGCACUGGAAUUGGUGUAUGGGAAUUUACCUGUGAAGAAUCGUAGAGACGUGAAUUAUAUAAUCAACAAGAUAAGGGAGAAGAAGAAAUUUCCAAAAUCACUUGAAAAGAUGAUGAUCAAGAGGGAUAAUAAAUUCAAGAAAGUGAUGGAUUUAGUUAAACGAAAGAAAAGGGUGUUUUCACGGGAGUUUGAGGAGAUGGUUCUUGCUUGUCUUAGAGAGAAUCCAGAGAGCAGGCCAACUGCUUUUGAGCUUUUGAAUACUCCAUUCUUUAGUGAUAUUGAAAAGUUUAAGCAAUUUGUGUUAAUUGAGCAGUGA